AUGCCAACCGAACAGGCUCCACCAAUCAUUGACUUUUCGCCUUUCUACGAGGAAGAUCAGUCCGCGAGACGGGGACUUAUCAAUCAAGUUCGCUCUGCAUGUGAAAGCUUCGGCUUCUUUCAGAUUGUCAACCAUGGCGUUCCCGAGUCCCUUCGUCAGGAUAUCUUAAAGCAAUCGGUCGAUUUUUUUAAACUCUCUCUGGAGAUAAAGGAGAAGUAUAACAAGGAUAUUGGCGGAUUCAACCGUGGUUACGAGCGCCUGCGAGCACAGAACUUCGAGAAAAAAACGGAGGGUGACUUGAAAGAGGGUUAUUACUUUGGCACCGAUCUUCCUCUCGAUCACCCUUACGUUGUUGGACGUAAAAUCAAUCUAGGACCCAACAAAUACCCCGAAGAUGUAUCCGACCCAACGGCAUUCAAGGUGAUUGUCGAUAGCUAUUUCAAAAGUGUGGAGAAGCUGGCACAUGAUAUAUUGAGAAUUUUGGCUUCUACAUUGAACUUGGAUGAGGAUUUCUUCCAAGACUACGUCGACACACCCAUCGCUAUAUUGCGUCUACUGCAUUAUCCUCCCCAGCCGGCUAAUGCAUCUUCUGAUGAGAGAGGAAUUGGGGCUCACACUGACUUUGGUGGCAUCACCAUUCUUCUACAAGACAUGAUCGGUGGCCUCCAAGUGUGGAACAAAGACCACUCGACUUGGGUUGAUGUGAAGCCUCUGGAGGGCGCCUUCGUCGUCAACCUUGGCAACAUGAUGAUGCGCUGGACGAAUGAUCAUUACUUGUCCAAUCUACACCGUGUGAUCAACAAGACGGGGAAAGAACGUUACUCUGUCCCCUUCUUUUUCUCUGCGGCGGCGCAAAGUACCCCCCCUAUCUCGGUCGAGGAGUGGAUUACAGGACGAUACGCGGAUACUUACGGUACGAAGGAUAAUACCAAGGCAAUGAAGGAUUUGUCAGUCGAAGCAGAGAAGGCCUAUGCAUGA